UCGCGUUCUUUUUUCGACGAAAAGUUCCCAGCAGCGAAUUCUUUGCCCACGACCCCUCACGACCUCCAACACCCCAGACAUACAUCUCAAAAGAAUAGAUAAUUGUCAAGAUGUCUGCUGCGCAGCUUCUCAAUCCGAAAGCUGAGUCUAGAAGAAGAGGUGAAGCUCUACGAGUCAAUAUCAGUGCUGGUGAAGGUCUGCAAGAUGUGUUGAAGUCGAAUUUAGGUCCUUUAGGGACCAUCAAAAUGUUGGUUGACGGUGCCGGUGGGAUAAAACUUACUAAAGAUGGAAACGUACUGUUACGAGAGAUGCAAAUCCAGAAUCCCACGGCGGUAAUGAUUGCGCGAGCAGCUACAGCUCAAGACGACAUCUGUGGUGACGGCACAACCUCCGUUGUCCUCCUUGUUGGAGAGCUUCUCAAGCAGGCAGACAGAUAUAUCUCCGAAGGAUUACAUCCCAGAAUCAUCACGGACGGUUAUGAAAUCGCCAAGACGGAGUCGUUGAAGUUCUUAGACGAAUUCAAGCUUUCGAGAGAGGUGGACCGAGAACUCCUACUAUGCGUUGCACGAACAUCUCUUUCCACAAAGCUCAACCACACUCUAGCAGAGAAGCUUACCCCAGACAUUGUCGAUGCGGUUCUAGCUAUCUACCAAGCUCCCGCAAAGCCCGAUUUACACAUGAUCGAAAUCAUGAAGAUGCAGCACAGAACCGCUUCCGAAACCCAGUUGAUUCGAGGUCUUGCUUUGGAUCAUGGCGCGAGACAUCCUGAUAUGCCUAAGAAGGUCGAAAAUGCUUUUAUUCUCAGUCUUAAUGUCAGCUUAGAGUACGAAAAGUCCGAGAUCAACUCUGGCUUCUACUAUUCGAGUGCUGAACAACGAGACAAGCUUGUCGAGAGCGAACGUCGCUUCGUGGAUGAGAAAUUAAGGAAGAUCAUCGAGCUGAAGAAGGAGGUUUGCGGUAAUGACCCAAAGAAAGGCUUCGUCAUCAUCAACCAGAAGGGUAUCGACCCUCUGUCUCUGGAUGUCCUGGUUAAAAAUGGAAUCUUCGCCCUGAGACGAGCAAAGAGAAGAAAUAUGGAGAGAUUACAACUGAUCUGUGGUGGUACAGCCCAAAACAGUGUUGAUGACCUUAGCCCAUCAAUUUUGGGAUGGGCCGGUAAUGUCUACGAGCAUCAACUGGGCGAGGAAAAAUACACUUUCAUUGAGGACGUCAAGGAGCCAAAGUCCGUGACUAUUCUCAUCAAGGGGCCAAAUCAGCACACCAUCACCCAGAUCUCGGAUGCAGUCCGUGACGGACUUCGCAGCGUCUACAACAUGAUUGUUGACAAGAGCGUUGUUCCGGGAGCAGGAGCUUUCCAAGUUGCUUGCGCAGCUCACUUGAAUAGCGAGGCCUUCCGCAAGACCGUCAAAGGCAAGGCGAAGUGGGGUGUUCAAGCAUUUGCGGAUGCUCUUUUGAUCAUUCCAAAGACCUUGGCUGCAAACGCUGGCCAUGAUAUCCAGGAUGCACUCGCCAGUCUUCAAGAUGAGCAAGCAGAGGGCAACAUUGUCGGUCUUGACUUGAAGUCAGGCGAGCCAAUGGAUCCUGUUUUGGAGGGCGUGUACGAUUCGUUCCGAGUACUGAGAAAUGCCAUUGCUUCCAGCUCUGGCAUCGCAUCGAAUUUGUUGCUCUGUGACGAGAUGUUGAAGGCAAGACAGAUGGGAAGACAAGGUGGACCAGGCCCAGGAAUGGAUGAGUAGAGUGGUACCGGCACAGCACGUGUGAGCUUCGGCCUCUUUUGACCACGAUGGUUAGCAUGGCAUGGUGUCUUCGGCGCUUCUUGUUUGACGAUGUAACACUGCACUGUACAGUAACACUCAUCUAGAAGAAGUAUUGAGGGGCGUAUGUACCGGAUGAAUAGAAAACUUGGACAGGCCGACCAUUAUCGUCAACGAACACAUGGC